UGUUUUCUCUUAGGCGGAACUACUUUUUUUGCGUUAAGACAAAGUUCUCUGACUGUUUAUCCAACGGGGAAGGCCUUAAUGCACUAGAGCCCCUUUGCCACUUCAGAGCGGUGUGCUGUUGACCUGCUACUGUCGAGGCUACUGCCUGCCAAAUAAAGGAUGAGAGGGUUUCUGCUACUGCUAGCUCCGUUGCUCUGUGUCUUUUUCCCCUGGGUCUCCACCACCAGUACCCAGACACCCGCUGUCUCUUCACAGGACCCCUGCUCUUCUGUCCACAGCUACAUUGAGUCACAUCCCGACUGCUCAGUUUAUGACCUUCGUGAGGGAGGGUGUUCAGAGGUGGACUGCCAUUGGAACAACUCGUAUAUCGCUGUUGAUGUGGAUGAAUGUAAAGAUCCAGUAACAGUUGAAGUCAACUAUGCCACCUGGACUUCAUAUGAUGGAGAUUGUAUAGAGGACCUUUCAAACUCUUUUAACUUUUUCUAUUUCUACAACCAGAGUGAGAUAGUGGACAAUUACAAAGUCAGAAAAGACACUGGCAGAUACAGUGCGAUACUGGCUAGAAAUGCCAGCCACCUUGGAUUUGAGCUCUAUGUUGAUCGCCCUGGCCAUGGCAGGCAGACCCUAGUGGACCCAGUAUACUUUCCUCUGCUCCCAGGAAAGUGUAUGUGUGACUCCAUGAAGGCAGUGGCUGAGGACAUGUACUGGCUGAACUCGUCCUCUUGCAAUACAACCGAUGCUGAAUGUACUGGUGAACUGCUGUGCAAUUUGGAAGACAGUGCUCUACAGCAAGUGACAAUGAGUAUCUCGCAGUGUGACAAUCCUCCAACACUGACACUGGGGAUGGUGGUCAAUGGUCAGAGCUACCCUACAGAAUUGACUGACAAUACAACGAGUGCACUGGGUGAUCUUGGAGUGACAGUGAUUUACACUGUCUGGUACUACAACUACUCCAUGGACAUACAGAUAGUGGCACAGAGCGGUGAGGCCUACAACGAGAUUCUCUCUCGUCACAAGAUAAUUCUGGACCUCACCUCCUGCAGUCCUCCUCGACCUCUUGACCUCUCAACUGCCCCUCCCCCUGCCAUUGAGUUUACUGCGCCCACCAUACCUGACAGUUCGAGUUCUUACGAUACAUGUGCAGCUCUCCAGUCUAUAUCUAAUAGUGGUACUCUACUGUGCAACACAAUCCAAGCCUGUACAGCCCUGGAGUGUGACUGGUACAGUAGACUGGAGAUGCAGGUGGACCAGUGCCACUACCCUCCAGGGAUAAUCAUCAUCGUAUAUGAUAGCCAAAACCAGCCCAGUUUUAACAGGAAAUUCAAUGAUGGGUCUACCAUUGUCGAGGAUGGUAGUCUACCGGACGAUUUGAACGUAACUGUGCAGCAAAUGUUUCCGAGUGCUAUAAGUGUGGAGGUAUUUGAGCUGGCCCGUCCACCAACCCCUCCCCCUCCGUUUAAUUGCUAUAGUAUCAUUACAAAAACUGUCAUCCCCAUCGACAAGUCUUCUUGUUUCACUUCAGCCCCACCCACAACAGCCCCCACCUCAACAUGCUCGGCCAUGCGGUAUGUCCAGACAGCGCUGUCAUAUUCGACAGGGGAUCCCUGCUUCUUCCCCGUGGCCAAAAACUGCUCCAUUCUCACCUGUCCGAUUGGCAAAGGAAAGGACCUAACUCUCAGAAUCCUCCGCUGUGCCCACCCCCCCGCCGUCAGAAUCACUCUCGGGACUGCAUUUUCCACCACCUUCGACCACACGUUUGACCACUCUGAGGUGGUCCCUUUGCAAGGUGUCCCAGAAGAAGGAGCUGCGCUGAAUGUGACGCUUGGCCAGCUGUGCUCCAGUAAUAGCACUGGUCUUCAGGUUGAUUACAAGUCUAGUUUAAGGAACACUCCUCUUAUUCCUUACACAGUUAUACCAAUUGACACCACUGGCUGUGGCCCAGGCUCAGGUGUAACGUGUCCUGACAGCAGUGACCUCUGUAAGGCCAUGAAUGACAUCAGCGAUCUACCGUUUGUCAACCGUACCUACAUCCCAACAACUUCUUGUAGCUCUGGCACGCCCGCUGCCUCUGGCACGACCGCUGCCUUAGUUAUUGGACUGAGUGUGGGAGUUCUGUUUGUUGUCUUGCUGACGUUGGUGAUAAUUAUUGUCGUGGUUACGGUGGUCUACCUCAUGCGACGACGUUAUUAUCAAAACUACCAGCUGGCUAUGAGCCAGAUCAAUGAGGACGAACUGGCCUAGCAAGAACUACUUUAAAUUGAUCACACAACCAUCAUCUUCAAAAAAGUAUUGUAAUAGCUAAAAACAAUGUGUUUUAAUGUGUUGUACAUUCUCUGUGUUCAACCGUGAUUCAACUGUACGUCAGUUAUCAUGCAUGUGUAAAAUGAUUUUCAUUGCCUUUUUUA